AUGACCCAUAAAAGUACUAUCAAUCGCACAACAAAAGUUUUACUCAUUUUAUGUGGUAUAUGGCCAGGCACUUGGUGCAUGAUAAUCUGCAGGGCUUAUUGGAUCAUUGCAUUAGCGACGGACGAGUUUUGUCAUUAUCGUUAUUUAUUAAUCCACUGGCGUACCGAUGACCUCUUCGAUUUGGCGGACUGCUUUAGCAGUUUCAUUGCGCAAAUCAAAUUGAUCACUAAGUUCUCGGUCUUUUGGUUGAAUCAGCGAAAGUUCGUCAAAAUGUUGACAAUGAUGGCGGAAGACUGGCACGACAGCGCCAACAGUGACAUCGGCACGCAUGAGACAACGUGCAAAGCGAAAUUAUCAGGUCGUAUCACUAACGCGAUGGUUACCCUUCACGGGUUAACGAUUGUUGCAUAUAGCAGCGGAAUUAUUCUCGCCGACGUCGAUGUCAACGAUCGCGAGAACUGGCUGCCCCUUCUCUUAAGGGUGGAAGUACCUAUCGAUAUACACUCGCAACUGAGAUAUAAGGCACUAUUAGCCAUGCAAUUUGUGUACCUCUUCAUAGCCGGCUGUGCGGUCGGCUUGGUGAACGCUCUACUUUUAACUUUGAUUCUACACGUGGGCGGUCAGAUGGACAUUUUGCGUUGGUGGUUGACCGAGCUUGUGCCCAAAGAGAACGAACGGAAACGCGAAUCCGUCGUCAUUAUGACCAACAAAAUUAUUCAAAAACAUCAGAAAAUUAUCGUCUUUUCCCAGCACAUUGAGGAUUUGUAUACGUACAUCACGUUGGUACAUUUCGCAUCGAACACGUUGCUAAUUUGCACUCUGGGGUUUCUUAUCGUAACUUCGAUUGGCAGUCCCGACGCUACGGAGCAGAUAAAAAGGUCCCUUUUAUUCUAUACCGUCACGACCCUCGAAGCGUUUAUAUUUUGCUUCGCCGGAGAAUAUUUGAAAAACAAGAGCAAGGAGGUGGGAACUGCGGCGUACAAUUCCGCAUGGUACGAACUGAAACCCGAGAACAGUCGGAUCUUGAUACUCGUGAUAUUAAGAGCGCAGAAACAACUGACGCUCACAGUGGGGAAAAUGAUGGAUCUCUCGUUAGAAUCGUUCACGAGUAUCAUGAAAGCUUCGGGAUCGUACAUGUCGGUGCUACUGGCGAUGCAAUGA